UUUUUCUUUUUUCUUAACCGUGUCAUUGACAAAAAGAGCACUUAAUAAGCCAAAGCCACAUAGAAGAAAAAAAAAAGAACAUUCACGUCUCUCUCGUUUUUUUGGCCGACGACGAUCGCUGAAUUGACUGCCGGAGAUUCCUUUAAUCGUCAGAUUCUCGUUGAGGGAUAAUGAAUCCUGAAUAUGACUAUCUGUUCAAGCUUCUGCUUAUUGGUGAUUCUGGUGUUGGAAAAUCAUGCUUGCUUCUAAGAUUUGCUGAUGAUUCUUACCUGGAUAGCUACAUAAGCACCAUUGGUGUUGACUUUAAAAUUCGCACAGUUGAGCAGGACGGAAAGACCAUCAAACUCCAGAUCUGGGACACAGCAGGCCAAGAACGUUUCAGGACAAUCACUAGCAGCUACUACAGAGGAGCUCAUGGGAUCAUUGUCACUUAUGAUGUCACAGACCUAGAGAGCUUCAACAACGUCAAACAAUGGCUGAAUGAAAUUGACCGUUACGCUAGCGAAAAUGUGAACAAGCUACUGGUUGGGAACAAGAACGAUCUCACUUCACAGAAAGUUGUAUCCACUGAGACAGCUAAGGCUUUUGCAGAUGAACUUGGGAUCCCAUUCUUGGAAACAAGUGCUAAAAAUGCAACCAAUGUGGAAGAAGCUUUCAUGGCUAUGACUGCUGCAAUUAAGACAAGAAUGGCUAGCCAACCAGCUGGAGGUGCCAAGCCACCAACGGUCCAGAUCCGUGGACAGCCAGUGAACCAGCAAUCAGGCUGUUGUUCUUCUUGAUUCAAUUAGUCACCACUCCUCUUUCGAUCAUCACACCAUUAUGAUCAUUUGUUUGCAUUGCAUGUUAGACUUCUCCAAAUUAACAACUCUUUGGAUCCUUUUGCUUGUUUUUCAUUUGCUUUCUUUUGAUCCGAUUCUUUUCUGAUGUACGUUGAAGUUUGAAACCCAUAACUUCUAUAUAGUAAAAGGUCUUUUAUGCAAAUAAUGUAGAGCACUCUUUAAUGCCUUCGACGAUUCUAAAUCAUCGCUCAAGUAUGAAAGAUACUAGAUAUCGUGCUAUUAGAAAUAUACUUCAUUUAUGAUGUACGAAAAGAAAGAUCGAAUGUGUAAUACCAAAAUUAGAGAGAAAAAUAUCUUAAUAAUUUUUUUCAUAAC